UUGUGACUCCUCAUACAGUCAUACUCACCGAUGGAGCAGAAAAUGUCAAAGUGGGGUUUCAAAAGCGAGAAGCGAACGGUGACAAUCAGAGACUUUCUUGAAAUAUUAAAGGGGAAUCUGAACAAAAAUGAUAAAAGGGAUGUGAUCCAUCUUGGGCAUGGAGAUCCCUCGCCAUAUCCCAGCUUCAAAACAUCUCCUGUUGCUGAGGAAUCCCUUCUCAAUGCCCUUCGCUCCUCUCUCUUCAAUGGCUACCCCCCUUCUGCUGGCCUUUCUCCCGCUAGAGAGUCAGUUGCAGAGCAUCUGAGCAAAGACCUUCCUCACAAGUUGUCGGAAGGUGAUGUUUUCCUAACUGCAGGGGCAAAUCACGCGAUAGAGGUCGUGCUAUCAGCCCUGGCUCGCCCGGGUGCCAACAUAUUAUUCCCAAAACCAGGCUACCCGGUGUAUGAAGCGCGUGCUGCAUUCAGCAAUCUUGAGGUCCGUCAUUUCAACCUCCUGCCCGAGAGAGGCUGGGAGGUCGAUCUUGAUGGCGUGGAGGCUCUUGCAGAUGACAAGACCAUUGCCAUGGUUGUAAUCAACCCGGGAAAUCCGUGUGGAAAUGUUUUCACAUUUGAGCAUAUGCAAAAGAUUGCAGAGACGGCACAGAGGUUGGGGAUUCUGUUGAUCUCGGACGAAGUUUAUAACCAUAUUGUUUUCGGGAGCAACAAGUUUCUGCCUAUGGGGCUUUUGGGAUCAGUCACUCCCGUGCUUACACUGGCAUCGAUGUCGAAGAGAUGGCUCAUUCCAGGCUGGCGCCUCGGCUGGAUCGCUGCUUCUGAUCCCAACGGAGUCCUUAAGAAAUCCGGGAUCAUCGAAUCCAUUGAAAACUAUCUCUGCAUCACAGCUGAUCCCGCAACUCUCAUCCAGGGUGCUGUUCCUGAAAUCCUCGAGAAGUCAACAGACGCGUUCUUUUCAAGAACGAACGACACUCUUAGAGAAUCUGCAGAUGCGUGCUAUGCCACGAUCAGUGAGAUCCCUUCGCUUUCUUGCCCACACAAACCCGAAGGCGCUAUGUCUACAAUGAUCGAGAUCAAUCCCUUGUUGCUCGAAGAUGUGAAAGAUGACGUGGAUUUCGCCAUGAAGCUAGCUAGAGAGGAAUCAGUUAUGAUCAUGCCAGGAUCGAUCUUGGGGCUGAAGAACUGGCUGCGCCUCAGCUUCUCGGUGGAGCCGGCUAUCCUGAGAGACGGGCUCGAGAGGAUAAGAGCAUUCUGCUCCAGGCACUCUAACACCCUUCAAGGAUAUAUGAAGCUCGAAUCGAGAAGAUGUGCUUCAUCAAAUCUGAUGCAUGAUGAUUGUUAGUAGAAAAUGCAGUUUCCUAUGCCAUCAAAAUUACUAAGAACUUUUUAUGGAUGGAGAAUAAAAUUUGUGCUGUUUAAUUUAGUGGAUUGAUUAUGAAUUAUGGUUUGAGACAAUUUUAUUUAUUGGAUGUU